GAUAUAUUAUUGUACCAAUACCAAAUUUAAUUUAUCAUAUAUUUAAUUUUCUUUUUUUAAAUUUCAUCCUCAAACAUUCAUGAGUUCAAAUUAUAGAACACUGAGUGACCUUGGAAUUUACAACACUUGAUCAAUCAUCUAAUUCAAUACCUGACACACCCCCCCUCCUCUUCCGCUACAAAAACGUGAUUCCUGAAUCCUGAUCAAUGCCUCUAAUAAAAACGGCGUGACCACCACACCCCCUCCCCCACUAGAAAAAACAUGAAUCAUCAACGCCUCUACUGAUAACGCAAUUCCUGAUCAAUCAUUUUCUGGCUAUUAUAACGAAUAUUCUUGUUAAAGGUAACGAUGGACGCCAUUAUUGCUUCUUACACAUAUUCAGAAGAUGAAGAUCCUGAUCAUCGACAAAAUCAUUUGCAAAUCUCACCACAGCCGAAUGCAAGUGAAGAUUGUAUUAAGGAUUCACAACAGCUUAAUCUUAGUGAAGAUCGUAUUAAGGAUUCACAGCCGCUUAAUCCUAGUGAAGAUCGUAUUAAGGAUUCACAACCGCUUGAUCCCAGUAAACAUCACAAAGAUUUACAACAGCCUUAUCAUUCACAAGAUCAUGUUCAGAGUUCACGACAGCGUAAUUCUAGUGAAAUUGUCACCAAAGUAAAUCGGGGUACAAUUGGAGGGGAUAUGAUUAUGCCUUACAUACCGAAAGCAAAACGGGCAAAAAUUGAGUGUGAAAAGCAUGGAAAAGACAAAAACGACUUUUCUAACGCAUUUUUCAAGAGAGCAAAAUCAUUCUCGAAGGAAAAUAUUCUACAUUAUCACGCUCCAGAAAAAAGAUUUGUUAAUUUUGAUGCGCACCAAGGACCAAUUAACAAAAUUUCGUGGAAUCCAAGUUUCCAGGAUUUCUUGCUGUCGGCAUCAAUGGAUGGUCUUGUGAAAGUAUGGAAUGUUGAAAGCAAGCCAUCUUGCUUGAGAGAAGUUAAUUUUCAUACACAAGCCGUGAAAGACGCAAAAUGGAGUGAUGAUGGAUUAAAAAUAUUGAGUGGUGGAUAUGACAAGUACACAAGAAUAAUUGAUGUUAGUUCUGGAAAGGAGGUUUCUGCAAACAAACACAAUUCAUUUGUGUCGUGUGUCCUGUAUCACCCGUCAGAUCCCAAUAUGUACCUGUCAGGGACAUCCAACGAUGGAAUAUUUUCCUGGGAUCUUAGAACACAACAGUUUAUUUGCAGAUACAAGUCCUUCUUUGGUCAAAUACAAGACUUGGCUUUCCUACCGGAUGGACAAAGUUUUAUUUCAGCUGCUGAGAUUUCCAGGCGAAAUUCAACAGAUAAAGGAAUAAUGGUUUGGGACUACAAAACAUCGACAGUUUUGUCAAACCAGGUUUUCCAGGAAGCCUACACUUGCACUGCCCUACAGAUUCAUCCAAAUGACAGCGUGUUUUUGGCGCAAUGUAACGCAGGAUAUAUCGCUGUUUUCUCACAAAAACCUCCUUAUAAGCUCAACAAAUACAAGAGAUAUGAAGGACAUAGCGUGUCAGGCUACCAUAUUGGUAUCGACAUCAGUCCAGAUGGUUGUCUUAUAGCAACUGGUUCUUCUGAUGGUUUAGUGUAUAUUUACAACUAUCGUGCGUCGAACAUUAUAAAGAAUUAUUCCUUAGAUUCCCAACCUUGUAUGGAUGUUGCAUGGAGCCCAAUCAUUCCGAGUUUACUAGCAAGCUGUGAUUGGAGUGGUAAAAUAUUUCUGCACAAAUAGACUAUUCACUAUUGGAUGACAU